ACAGCGACGGUUGCCAUGGCGGCGGCGGCGCGGUGGGGCCGAGGGCCUGCGCUGUCCGCCCGCUCCUCCCGCCCGGCCCGGCCUCUCCCGGGAGCUGCCGCACCAACACCGCCACAACACCGGCCGAUCCAGCAAUAAGCAACCAUGAAUGAGGUGGUGGAGACCCUGAGGAAGAUCGAGGAGAAGUACAAGCUGUUCCAGCAGCAGCAGUUCACCUUCAUCAAAGCCCUGGAGCGCACGCGGGAGGAAGCCCAUGACAUGAUGAGACCUGUGUCAUCCAUUGUCCAGGUGCAGUGCUACAAGGACAACCAUUGCUACAACGCCACAGACAGGCGCAUCCUCAACAUGUUCGUGUCCCUGUGCAACGAGCUGCGCUGCCUGAGCCAGAAGAUGGAGACGGUGCACGCUGGGGACAGCGUCACCAACGGCCUUUUGGAGAAGUGCAAAUUGCUCCUGAACGACAGCAACGACCUCACUGCCCUUCGAGCCACGUACCCCCAUGGUGUUGUGAACCACCUGAGCCUGGAGGAGGCGCAGCAUCGCUAUGGAGGGGUGGUGAGCUUGCUGCCCAUCGUCCUGGACAGCAUGAGGGACUGGGUCACACACUCCAACCUGAAAGUCCUCUAUAUUGUGAGUCCUGGAUGUGCCAGGUGCAAGGAGGAGACACCCACUUCCCAAACAGCACCUGAAGCUCUGACCUCCAAUAGUAAUGAAAAUACUGUAAAAUUGCAGGACAAAGAUUUCAAGAAAUUCCUGGCUGCAAAUCAACGUCCGCAAAAAAAGAAAGCUCCCUGGAGGCCACCAGGCAAACACCCCUAUUAAAGGAUCAGAGCUCCUGCAUCAUCUGCUCACCACCUUUAAGCACCUAGCUGAUCUAAUACAGUGCAAUGAACACUUGAGAUCCAUCCUGAGUCCUUUUUCUGAAGAGCUGCCCUGCAGCCAGCCUGGGACACAAGCAUUGCCUCUCCCUUGCUGAUAUUUGCACUUUGCUCCUCACAUCUCCACAGAAGCAGCUCCAGCUGCUCCCUGGGGCCAGCGCUGGGAGCAGGGAACUCAUCAGGUUCUAAUAUCUCACACAUGAAUCUUUGACAAUCAUUUGAAACAGGAUUUUACAUUUUCUCAGCCCCAUUCCUGAGGAGCAUCCCCUCCCUGCCACAGCCAUGGGGUGAAGAAGCUGCCUGUGUGAAGGAUGGGAUGCAGAGCAGCAAAGGCCUGGCAUUACAGAUUCAGACACAUCUUUGACAUUUAGACUUGUCUCUAAAGCUCCCUCAGCCCCACAGAAAUAAUUUGGUUAUCUGGACCACAGAAUCCCUGUUUACAGCACACUAAGGAGGUUUCCCCUACAGAGUCCAGUGUUCUUCAGCUGUGCUCUGCUGCAGCUCCUCACUCCACAGAACAUCUCCCCUUACACCUCCUGACUCCUGUCCUGUCAGAGCUGGAGGUGUAAAGGAGAGAUUUGAUUUUGCCCUUAGUUUGUGUGUACUGACAACAGCCAAACACAACACCCACAAAACACCCCUGUGCUCCUCAGAUCCCUACAAAACCAAAGCCAUUUCCAGUCCAUGUGAUCCAUGGGACUGUGGUGGGAGCAUCAUGCUCAGAUGGUUCCUGUUCAGAUUGCAGACUGAGCUGCCUGUGCUUUCCCUGCUCCAAGGCAAGGUUGGCAUUACAUCAGGCCAGAUGUGGACAGGCCCACCAUGGCCCUGGGGCUCAAAAUACAGAACAUGAGGUCAGCACAUCUCAGACCCUACAGCCUUUUCUAAAUAAGUGUCCUCCCUGUGUCUGAAUGCUCUUGUCCCCUCCAAAUUUGCUCCUGCUGGAAGACACUCCUGAAUAAACAAUUUCCCCUUGCAUACCAGGCUCAGUUUGCUGUGAGAAAGCUUUUGCCUGAAAAUCAUCAGUUUUUGGCAACAAGCAGCUGAAAACAGAAGGAAGAAUUAAUACAGAGGAGGGGGCAUAGGAAGGAAUGACAGCUUGGAUGAAAUGGAAAGUAUUUCCAGGAGCAUUUUUAUUCCUCACAUAACCCCACCUUGUUCUGCACUCUUUUCCUUUCCCCUAUCCACUUGCACUGCAAUGCACCCACCCAGUCUGGAGUAGAGCCCUAUUUUUAGGGAGAUUUGAUCCAACUGAACUGAACCUUGGUGAACUCAAGAUGGUCACAGAGGGUCACAGAGCAACUCCUGAGCACUACUGGGGCCACAGCCAGUGGAAUGUCACUGUCACCCUCUCUGGCUUCAGUUCAGAUCCCUGGGGCAGAGGCAGCUUCAGGCUGAAAAAUCCAAGUUGUGGCAGCUGCUCUGUUGUGUUCCAUGGUGCAGACAAGUGUCCAGUGACACAGUUGCUGUCUUGGAAAGGUUUUCAGCACAAGCUGCUAAGACUGAAUGAUGACAAGUGUUGGGGACACAAGAGAUGCUAUUCCCAGAUCUUGUUUCCAACCUUCUUGGCUUUGCCCUAUGGUUUAAAUUUGAACACACAAGCUGUGAGGAGACCAAAAUUAUCCUCCAGUUUGUAGCUCACUUUCAGCUUCCAGGGAUGAGCACAGCACAAAUGGUUUGUCAGAACAGUCCUACCAAAGCCACUCCACCACUGCUGCUCCAAAUUCCAGUUGUCAUUUUGCACUUGACCAAGAUGAUGCACACAAAAAAGUUCCCAAAUUUCAAUAAUAGGAUUCAUACAUGCAAGAAACAAUUCCUAAAUCUUAGUAAUAAUUUCUAGCCUAGCCCUAUACUUUCAGUCAGUGUCAGGCAGCCAAAAUUUUAAGACCCAAGCAGAAAAAUGAGUGCAUAAAACUUGCAGUCUGAGGUUUGAUAAUGACAAGACCAGCAUCUGUUGGAAGACUGCAAAGUUAAGUCUCAGAAAAACAUCCAGACAAAUUACUUAAUUUCCAUACAAGUUCUCCUCUUCCAGAGUGGAUGGACACUUCAAAAGACAAAAAGAUACAGCAAGAAUUGUUUUCCUCUACUACAAAUCAAGCUGUUUGAAGAAUUUACAUAAACAGGAUGUAAAUGCCAAACACAAAAGUGCAAUAAAGUUUUACUUUAGCCUCA